AUGGCGGCCUUGAGUGUGCGGAGACCGGCGGCUAGAGAAAAAGAGAGCAAGACAACUGUAUCUAGUAACCAUGGUGACAGUCCUGAGUGCAAUGAGGAGGAAGAGGAAACAAACAUCACGUCGAAAAAAACAAGUUUAUCUAAAGAGCCCAGUCUGGAGUACACCGACUCCACAGGCAUUGAUCUGGAGUUGUUUUUAAUCACUACUUUGAAAAGCAGUCCCAGGGACAGACUGAUGCUUCUAAAACUCGAGCAAGACAUGACUGACUUUAUGACAGACAACAGUUCCUAUAAAAAGUUCCCUCAGAUGUCCUCAUAUCACAGGAUGCUGGUCCACAGGGUUGCAGCUUAUUUUGGUCUGGAACACAAUGUGGAUCACAGUGGAAAAUCGGUUAUCAUCAACAAAACCUGCAAUUCCAGGAUACCAGAACAUCGGUUUGCUGAACAUGUUCAGGAGGAGAAAACAGAGGAAAGAAGAUCAAUACUGAAGAGAGACACCAGUCAGGAGAAAGAAGACAGUCAGCUGCGGGUUCCAUCUCUCAAAGAACAAAUGAGGAGCAAGUCAAUAGAGGAGAGAGAGGAGGAGUACCAGAGAGUCAGAGAACGUAUAUUCUCACAGGAUUCUACUUGUCUUUCGCAGAGUGUGUAUAUUGAGACCAGAGACCCUCGACCUUGGAGCAGCACAGAUUCUGACAGCCCGACAUGGACCUCUAAAUCUGCACACGCUCGUUCAGACAGCAGCUCUAAACUCUGCAAUCCAGUGUCUGAGUCAGCUCUAUCAUAUGCUCCACCCAACAACAGCCUUGCUUACAUUAUUGUGCCUGCUGAGUCAUCAAUACCGCCUGGGAGCAUCUUAUUGAAUCCACAUACAGGGCAGCCAUUUCUGAAUCCUGAUGGAACUCCAGCUGUUUACAACCCACCAGUAAGUCAGAAGCCAUGUAACCAGCUUAACCCAGUACAGUCACAAGCCCCGCCCCCUCCACCUCAGCAGCAGCCAGUAGCAAGCCAUGGUGUCCCACAGGUUCAAUACUCCUCUGUGACAUACCUUCCACCUCAGCAGUUAAACAUUUCUACCUCCCAGCAACACCCAAUAGAACAGACUAGGGAAGACAUUACUGCUAAGUUUGGUCACAUGAACUUGAGUCGCCAAUCUUCAUCAGGGGAUCUUCCAGAUAUGUCCUCAUUCUACAUGCAAGGAGCUCCACCCACACACAGCUAUGCUCCGCCCCACCACAGUUACGCUUCCUCUCACCAUUCAGACAGUUACAUAACCCCUGGAAUGACACUGGCUCCUCCCACAGCCCCGCCUCCUCAGAGUCAGCAGAACAGCCAGGUUUCAGUGUACAGUUACCCUGUUCAAUGUCCCAGUGCAUCUCAACAAUACGCAGCAGCCAGUUACAGUGCACAAACAGUAUACCCGCCUGUUAUGUCAAACCAACAAGGCUGCCCAGGCAUGAUGGGAAGUCAGAUUCGGCCCCAAACACAGCCUAGCAUUGUGGGACCUUACCCAUCCGUAUCCUCCUAUCAGGUAUCACAGCAGCAGCAACAACAACAACAACAACAACAGUCCUAUCCUGCAAUGCUGGUGUCAGGACAAAGUGGGCAGACACAGUGUUUGGUGCCCCCUGCUGGAGUUCAAGUAUACUGCAGCUCUUUGGCCCCUUCUUCCCCUCCUCUGAAUGUGAUGGGGGUUUCCUUCCAGUCAAGUAGCUGCAAAAAUGGCUGUAGCGUUAAUCAGAACCAGUGCUGGUACUAAGAGACACUAUGGGUUCACAUAUAGUGUUGAUAUGAAUUCAUAUGCAUUCAGUAUUUGUAGCUACACAAUAAUGUUCCCUACAGUCUGUAGCACUCGAAUCUGAUGAUAGCUUCCUUCAGAUUCAACCUUUUCUACUUUGUCAAAAACAUGUUUUGAAUUUUACUUUACGUGUACAUCAAUAGCGUCAUGUUUAAAUUGCUAUUAGAGCGUAAUUUAUACUAUUUAUAUUAUUACUUGUUUUUCUUAAUAUGGAUAAAAUGUUAUAUUUGAAUGGUAAUACUGAAUUUAUCUUGUUUAUAGAGGGCUAUAUUACAUAAAUUGGGAAUGAAACUAGAUUCAGUGUUCUCAGUUAUCAAAACAGUAUAUUAACCAUUUUAAAAUAAAUUUUGGUUUGUUUGUUUGUUUGUUUUACAGAAUUUUAUUAGGAUGUAACAUUUUACCAGACUGGACCAUAUCUAAGUGGCAAUUCCUAAAUAUAUGGCCAUUUAAUUGGUAAUCAGUUUGAUGGCUUAUUGUUUUAAUUACAUUCAUAAUAGAGUCAGCUGAUGUUCUCAUGGGCGUUUUAUUGGUGUUGCAGACAUCUUACAUUGACGUUGGCCUUUUCAGACAUUCAGGGAAAUGUAACUCAAUUUUAGGUGAGUAAUUUUGAUUAAAUGAGUUUGAUUACGAUUAAGAUGUAGGCCUAGAUUUGAUAAGAAUUUAAUAUAACGCCCUUAUACGUUCCUUAUAACGUUGCUUAUAAGAGAACAGCAUUCAUUUAAGAUUAAUCGUGAACGAAUCAUUCAGACAGAAUGAAUUGCAAUAUUGAACAGAUCCGACUCGGAACGAUUCAUUCGCAAAUCGGACAUCGAUAUUUAUCACGUGAAUUUGAAGAAUCGUAGAGGAGUCCAGUGAAAUUUUACUGAUAAAUCCUCGUCUGCCCGUGGAGAUUACCUUCCGAUAAACAUGUCGUGUUUUCUAUCAACUGUUCAGAACUGAAUUGGUUCGCGAUUCAGUUUGAUUCAUUCGGACAGCCAAAUUUUCCGUUUUGUGUUCCACUGAAAAGGUGUGGAACAACACGAGGGCGAGUAAACGAUGAUAUAGCCUAACGUUAUUUUGGGAUGUAAAUCGUCCCUUUAAAAAACAAACCAAAACACGUGGUCUGUUACCCGCGUGAUAUGUUGACAUACAGUAAAUUAUUGUUUUAAACAUGCAUUUAUCAAAAAAUAACAGGUUUCCGAGUGGAAAACAAGUUUGUCAACUCAAGUAGUCGAGAAAGAAAGCAGUGACAAGUUUAAAUGAGCUUUAAUAGAAAGGCACAUAUACAGCCAGAGAGAGAAUUAAAAGCUCUUAAAUGCAGAAACAGUUUAAAAUAAACUCCUCUAAUCAGAAGUGAGUCUCUGCCAGAUCAGCUUAACUGUUUGUUGUUCUGUCGUUCAUGAAUUCAAGUAUGUCAAAACUAAGUCACAGCCGCGUUCAUCUGAACUGAGAUCCGAUUACCCCACUGGCUCUUUUGUAACCCCCAGCUUUGUGUGUGUGUGUGUGUGUGUCUGUGCAAUUUUAAUGAAGGUAUGAAAGGUCAUUUGUGUGCCUAUAUGUGGAUGAGGGUGGAAGAAGGGAAGGGGUCUGUAAAAAUGGCUCACAAUCAGAUCUUUCCAGUCUUGCAGUGCUGAGUGAGUGAGAAAUGUCUGUUACUUCAUUAAUUAAUGCAGGUUAAAUAAAAGCAAUAAAUAUCUAUAACCUGACAUCAUGAUGUGAGAAAUGUUCCAGGGGGGUUAAAUGGGGCCAGAUAAUGAGGAAAACAAUUCACAGGAGGGGGAAAAAGGCAAGAUUCACAAGUUCUUAAAUAAAUGUGUUAAUAAGGCCAAACUUAAGUUAGAUUACAAGGCUAUGAUGCUACGCAACUAAAAUUGGGCGUUCCAAAGAGAACACUGGAACACUAAAAACAUGCAAAUCGCAUCUUCCGGGUUGUGAUUUCAGCAGUCAUUUUGUUCAGCUUAAGUGUACUGCUGUGCUUCAAUGAAAAUGGCCACCUUCAUAUACAAAAAUACACUUAAAGCAGUCGCGGCCGCUGCGCCGCAGCAUCUGUGUGCGUAAGCCUUGAGAGGAAGGUCUGAAAACACACAAACGCAGAGUUGAAUGCUGCCUGAAUGAUUGGUGGCACUACACCUGUCUCUAUCUCUAGCACUCGCUCAGCUUCGUUCCUUAUAUCACUCAUACUGUUGGUCUUUACUGACUGAUAUUCAUACAAACAGGCCCAAAAAACACACAAAUACAGUCCCAGAUUCUUGGUGUUGUUCAUUCAGGCCUGUCCUGCUCUGCCAAUGAGACAUCAGCAGGGUGUUGGGUGAGACUGUUGACUUUUUUUUGUCUGUAGAGGGUCUGAAAGCUAACCAGCAACAA